AUGCCGCACAUGCGCGAGGUCAAGACGUGCGACCGCUGCCGCCACUUCAAGCGCCGAUGCGAUCUCGUCAAGCCCGCGUGCACGCGCUGCGUCCACGCCGGCGUCCGCUGCAGCUUCAACAGCGUCGCCCGCCCCCAGCCCGUGUCCGCCUUUCAUCUCUCCUCCCUGGCUUCUACCCUUCUCCCGCCCCCGAUGCCGCUGCAGCCGCAGUCCGCCUCGACGCAUGCCCCGGUCCUUCCCUCGCUCUCGGCCCGCGUCGCCCCUGAUCUCUCGGCCCUGCCCGUACAUCACCAACACCACCCUCCUCACCUCCUCCACCUCCACCACCAGGCCUCUUCCCCCCCUUUUCCAACGCCCCCCACUGCCAAAGCACCCGCCUUCAACCCCGUCGCCUCGACCGACUCUCCCGCCUCGCCCGGCCACGAGGACCCGGAUCUCGGCGCGACUCCCACCAGCAACGGCAUCCUCAACGGCCUCAUAUCCCCCACCACGUCCACCGAGAGCCCCGAGCCCGGCUCCGCCUCGGCCGGCAUUGUUGUCGACGGGGCACCGCUCCCGCUCCCGCCCACCGACGGCUCGCCCGCCUCGGCCGUCGCCUCGGCCAGUGACCACGCCAAUCCGCGGCCCGGCCCGCACCAGCAGCGCAUCGUCCGCAAGCGCAAGCGCAACUGCCUCAGCUGCCUGCGCUGCCACCGCCUCAAGGUCAAGUGCGACAAGGAGCUGCCAUGCGGGCGCUGCAAGACCAGCGGCAACGGCCGCGAGUGCUACUACAGCUACAACAAGGGGCCCAACGGCGGCAAGUUUCCCUGCCCCACGGCGCCUGUCCCCUCGAGCAGAGACGAGAAGAAGCCCCAGAUGGCCACCUGGCAGGUCCAGCAUCGCGUCCGCGGCUCCAGCCACUGGCGGGAGCUCAUGACCAAGAUCGGAUGCUUGGCCGCCUCCUCCACCGGCGAGUCGUCGCCGCUGGCCGCAGCCCUCGAGGGCGUCGGCACGAACGCGUGCCUCGCCAACUUUUGCCUGCCCGGAAACUUUCCCUUCGGCACCCCCGGCGCCACAAAGUACUACGCGCGCGACGCCGUGACGCGCCUGCUGGCCGCGGAGCGCACCCGCGCCGACGACUAUCUUGAGCGCUACAUCGACCUGCUCGACGUCGUCAACCCCAUCCUCGACCUACCCGUCUUUCGCGAAGAGGUCGAGCGGUACUGGCAAGACCCCAACGCCGUCAGCCUCUGCUGGCUGUCGCAGUUCCUCAUGGUCAUGGGCCUCGGCUGCUUCACCUCGGCCGACGAGCCGCCCGUCGCCACCGAGCUCAUGAUGGCCGCCGAGGCCUGCCUGAUGCAGACGCCCUUCAUGUUCCGCCCCACGCUCAUGACACUGCGCGCGCUAUCGCUCAUGUCGGUGGCCAAGCUAGUCUGCAACGCCACCUGCUGGUCUGUCGAUUCGUGCUGGACCCUGCUAGGCCUGCUGGUCCGCGUCGCCUUCAUCUUUGGCCUGCCGCAGGAGCGCAACGACAACGACGAGGAGCUGCGCGACCCCGUCGAGCGCGAGGCCCGCCGCAAGCUGUGGCUCACCAUCCUCUACCUCGACAUCAAGGUUUCCAUGUGCACGGGAAUGCCACCCCUGACGCGGCCCGACGAGCUGGGCAGCAUGCGCGCGACGCCCGAGUGGAGCGCCCCCAACAGCCUGCAGAUGGUGCUCUUCCAGUCGCUGCCCACCGUCCUCGACGUGCUGGCCCUCAUCAACUCCAAAAAGGACCAGAUCUCGUACCCGGACGUGCUGCGGUACAACGGGCAGCUGCGCGAGCUCAUGGGCCACGCCCAGCGCGUGUGCACGGCCAGCCUGCAGCGCAUCACCGUCGACAUCUUUUUGCGGCGCUGCCUCAUGGUGCUGCACCGGCCCUUUGCGCUGCACCCCGAGGGCCCGACGCUGUUCCCCGAGUCGUAUUGGUCGUCGCUCGAGUGCUCGCUGGCGCUGCUGGUCCACUACCGCGAGCUGUGGUGCAACGAGGAGGGCUUGCGCCUCGACCUCGUCGGCCGGGCCUUUGUGCUCGACUUUUUCUCGGCGACGCUGACGACGUGCGUGCACAUGCUGCGCGAGGACGCGCCCCUGAGCGGCGCGGCAGCCACGGGGUGCCGGAUCCCGCCGAGGCAGCUCAUCCUCGACACGCUGAGCAUCUGCGUCGACAUCUGGAGCGGCGAGCAGGAGAAGAGCGUCUGCUGGCGCACGGGGUACCACCUGCUCAAAGCCGUGCUGGCCCUUUUGCCGGGAACCCAGGCCCACAGCAACCGCCAGCAGCAGCAACUUGCGGCUGCGGCGGCUGCAGCGGCAGCGGCAACGGCAGCGCAAUAG